AAAACCAUUUCGAUUUCGGAUAGUUGCUGAAACUGCCAGAGUUGUGUGGUUCAUGGCUGACAACGCCAGAGAGCAAGAUGCAGGUGAACGUGGAGAAGUGAAACGGGUCCUUGGCCGCCAGCAGGAACCAGAAAAAGCUCGCCUGAACAGUGCUGAGAAGCGUCAUGGUCUGACAUGGACCGAGAUGCACGCGUACAAGGAUAGGAUGACUUUUCCGAUCCUCCCAACCAUGAUGGCAGUGGAGGAACUCCCGAAGGACAUUAGCCUUUGUGACAGCGUUUUUCGGAGCCUAGAUCGCUGCAUUGACAAGGGCAUCGAGAGUGAGAACCCUGCUCAUCCGUAUUCGCGGAUGGUGAUUUGCAAGCCACAUUGGAUUCGGUUCAUCAAGUGUGUGAAGCGCAGAGAUGAGCUUGUCCUCCGCGGUGUCAAGCGGUGGGAACGCAGUUACUACUCUUCGCUUGAUGAGCCCUCGCAGAGCGAAUACCUGGAAGACAUCAGCACCAAGAUGCGGUACUUCUUGUAUGCGGCGUCGCAUACGAAGGAUCAUGAAAAGAGGAAAAGAUGUUGGGCUGCCGUCCUGGGCACGAGGCUGGAGACCAAUGCGCAGCACUGCGCCAUCCGACAUUCGAACCUCUUGAAGCCGGAGGACACUCCAUCUGCCAUGGUGUGACCAUUCCUCUAAAAGGGCAUGCGGCAUGCUUCUCACUGCCGUUUUGCAAUAUAUUUCAUUAUGAUGCAUUUUGAUCCCAUGUCACGGUUUGAAUCAUCUGUGGAGUGCUUUCUUCUUGUCUGUUUUGUAUUGAUGGAUGAAGCGUGUUUCCAUUUGCUCGUGUCGAGCGGAACCCAUCUAUACCAGACUCAGAGCAGGCGUCAAAAUGCACUCGUUGAGCCACAGCUGCUACGCGAAUCCGCGAAAACGAUGGGGUGCUACAAUUCGCAAAAUGCAA